AUGCGACAUGCCAAUGAUGCAUUACAAGAUAUGCUGGAACUUGUCAACAUGCCCGAUUUCGAGACUCAUGAAGGAUGGAAACAAAAAAGUGCUAACAGAAAUGAUAUUGUUUUCUCAAAACAUUUUGCUGUAGGAAAGAUUUUCACUAUGAGGACCAUAUUCGAUUUCCCUCUACAGGCAUCAUUUGCGGAACAUUGGGAAAAUUUUGCUGAUAUUGCGAAAUACAACAAAAAUAUUUCAAGUGUUAAAAUUAUUGAUGAAUUGGCAUCAAAUAUGGAUGUCGUUUAUUAUGCAAUGAAAGAUUUUGGAAAGAUCAAAGGGCGAGAAUUUCUGAUGUGUCGUACGUUUCGUAGUUCGGAUGAUGAAAUUAUUGAAGCAGCACGAAGUUUCAGUCUCUCGGACAUCGAAUGUAAUCCACAGAAAAUUCGAGGGCAUGUAAUACUUGCCGGUGGACGUUUUCGGGUAUAUCCCGAAGAUUCUGCAAAAACUAUUGUGGAUUAUGUGAUGUGUGUGGAUUUUAAAGAGAAAAAUAUUCCAAAUAUCAUUAUGGAUGCUACAAUGAGUACACUUAUCAUACAAGAUGCCGAAUAUACUCGGAAACAAAUUGAAAAGCUAAAAGAGGAAGCAGCAUGAUAAGAAUCCAUCUAUGAUACAUUGUUGUGCAAUUCAAUGCAUCCAUUUUUAUCAAUACAUUUAAAUG